AGAUAUGGAUUUCAUGAGUGGACUGUUAGACGGGCCACCUGAUCAGGAGGAGGAAGUUGAUGAGACUUUCUAUGGGAUAGCUUCAUGGUCACAAGCCUUUGGUCUCCUGGGGGACUUCAACCACCCCGGUAUUUGUUGGAGAGACAACACGGCUCGGCACACACAGUCCAGGAAGUUCCCACAGAUCAUUGAAGAUAACUUUUGGAUGAAAGUGGUGGAAGAGCCAAUGAGAAGAGGUGUGUUGCUGAACGUUGCACUAACAAACCAGGAGGGACUGGUUGAAGAUGUGAAGGUUGGGGGCAGCCUUGCUUUCAGCCUUCCACCUGAGAUGGUGGAACUCAGGAUCCUGCGUGAAGGAAGCAAAGCAGUAAGCAGGACUAGAACACUGAGCUUCCAGAGAGCUAUCUUCAACCUCUUCAAAGACCUGUUUAGAGGAGUCCCACAGGAUAGAGCUCUAGAAAAAAAGGGGUUAAAAAAAGCUGGUCAAUAUUCAGCAGCACUUCCUCCAAACUCAAGACAAAUGUAUACCUAUGAGCAAGAAAUAAAGCAAGCUGGCAGGAGACCUGCAUGGAUGAGCAGAGAGCUUCUAGCAAAUCUCAAAACAGAAGAAAGAAAUUUAUGGGAUGUGGAAAAAGAGACCAUAUGGGAGGACUAUAUGGAAUAUCGGCAGGGUACGCAGGGAUGUGAUGAGGAAAGCCAAGGCCCCUUGGAAUUGAGUCUGUCAGGGGAUAUCAAGGACAAAAAGAAGGCCUUGUGCAAGUAUGUCAACAGCAAAAGGAAGAUUAAGGAAAGUGUGGGGCUGCUGCUGAAUCAGAUGGGUGUCCUGGUGAUGGAAGACACAGAGAAGGAUGUUUUUGUAUUUAGACAUGAACUUGCUCUCCUAAGAAUAUCUGCCUUCAUGGGUCUAAUAAUAUUAGGUGGAAUAAGUCGACUCUUUUACACUCAGCUAAUGGGUAUUUUCACUGAUACUACAGGGAUAGAAAAAAUGUCAAACUGUUGUGAAGACAUAUCGAGGCCCCGAAAGCCAUGGCAGCAGACCUUCUCAGAAGUUUUUGGCACUCACUGGAAGAUCCUGUGGUUUAUUCCUUUCAGGCAGAGGCAACCACUGCGAGUUCCCUACCACUUUGCCAAUCAUGUCUAAACAGAUGGAUAGUGGGCACAGAUGGGUCCUCCAUGCUGGAAGUGCGUUACAGGUUUUAUGAUAAUAGGACUAUGACAGUCUUCAAGUCAAUUAAAAUCCAGUUGUAGGCAUCACAAUGUGCCCCAGGCAUUAUUUUAGUUGUGGUGUUGAUUCUGUUCUGAGAUUAAUGCAAAUUGAUUGUUUAACUUUAUGCAUAUUUAAUUUCAGAUUAGCUUUCCAAAGAGAUUUCUUUUGGUUUUGAGAUUAAUACCAAAAGCAAAUGACUGAAAUGCACUCUUCUUCUAUUUGUUUGAUACUGGCUCUUUUUUUUUUUUACCUUUUUUUUUUUUUUUGUAGGAAGCACUGAAGUUUACAUUUAUGGUUAGAUUUCUCUCCAAGUGUCUUAUUCUACCUUGAAUUUUUUUUAGUGUUUUUAUCAGCAGGUCUGUCUAGAUAAUGUCUUUUUUUUUCUGCAUGUGUUGAACUGAUACUUCCAGUUAUUUAUGAUAUGCAAUAGUAAUCCUGCAGCACCGCACUAUAAAAGGCAACAUUUAAAGCUGAGGCAGACUACUUCCUAAACCUUUCUCAGAGAGGUUUUUUAUAAAUACACAUAAAUGUGUAUGUUUAUAGAGAGAAGUCUUACAUCUUACAGUUAUCUUUCGGCCUAGAUAUGAUCUUAGUGAAAAUUAUUCAUGUCUCUAUGUCAACAAGUGGGAUUAAAUAUUCCAGGGUAAACUGUCCAAAUGGGAAGUGUGUUUUCUCUAUAUCCCGAGGAAUUCCUUGCAAUAAUUCAACAAAGAAGUUGCAUGGUGCAAAUACUGGAAUGCUUCCUUUUUAAAAAUGCAGAUGUAGUUAGUUAGCAUAAUGUACCAUAAAAAAGAGUAUAUUGUCAAUAAAGUUAUAAAUUUUAUAUUUUCUUUAGUCAUGAUUAGCUGGAAGUCUGAGUGUUUGUAUAUUGGAAAUACAAAUAUUUAAAAUAUUUAUACAUAAAUAUAGAUUUGUUACUAAUGUGUUCAGUGAAAUAUAUUAACUCAUUUAAUAGGGUAUUGUGUUGAUGUAGAUAACUUGUUGUUCCUUUAAGUAUGGAAGUAGUUAACCAAAGAAAGCAUCCUUCAUAUCUGGUAAAAUGACAACAAUUGCCAAAGUACUGGUUUGGCCUUUCUGUAUCUGGAAAAAUUAUGUACUUAUUUUAGCCCUCUGUAUCUGUACAAAUAUCAGCAUGAGAUGAUUGUGGAAAGUACUGUGAAUUUCUUCUAGAAAUUCAGUGGUUUUAGUUAUGCUGCUUAUGAUGUUUUUUGUGUAGCCUAACAGGAAUAGGUUCCACCUUAAAUGGCAGCCAUGCAACUGAACACAAUAAAAGAUACAAAAUCAGGAUUUAAUAUAUAUAGGUUGUGUAGGAAGUAAUACUUUAUUUGGAACAGUUCAUCCAAAAAUGAAGGGCAAGACUUGUCAUGAGUGGUGUUUGUAACAAAUUUUAAAAGAUUCGUUUGUAAUGCAGUUUCUCUCAAUGUUAGAGGUCCCUUUAUUGAAGUAACAGAUUUUGAUGAUCCACUGACAGUUCCAAAGGGUGCAUCUUAAAAAUCCAUUGAAUUUUAAACUUUUGUAAACUUCUAACAUUUGAUCCAACUUUACUUUUCCUCUCUUUUUAAAAAUAGAGGAUUGUUUUAUUGUUUUAAAUUUCAAGCCUAAUAUUCAACCAUUUUUUAUGCCAGUUUUAGCAAGCCUAGACUUUCCUUAAGGUGGUAUUGGCCGCAAUAUUUAAGCAAAAGACUGGGACAGUGCUGGAAAUGAAAAAGAAUGUGGAUACUCAUAAUAAAGUAAUGGCUGUAUUCUCUUCCCUCCCCCCCCCCCUUUUUUUUCUCUUUUUUAAAGGAACGCCACUGUUAUAGUCUCUGGCAUAUACAGGGGAAUAAUAGCAGUUUCAUUUUCCAUGCCAAUAUUUAAAUGUUCCAUGAGUGAAACGCAGAAGCUUUUUAGAAGAUUUUUCGUCCUAAUCAGUUAUCGUAGUUAGGAGAUUUUACUGUUCUGAACCUUAUUUUGAAAGAGGACCGCGAAUUUAACUAUUUUUUUUUUACAUUUACCGUGGGGGGCAUAUAAUUGUUUCCUGGUGUUACUGUAUUACCGAAACAGUGCCUGGAGCACCAAACCUGCCGCGCAGAGCGCGCCCGACGGCGGGAGCCUCGGUGGCAAACAGAGCGCUUCGUUUGUGU